AUGGCAAUGUCCUACGCCCGCUUCGCCGCGUCCCGCAUCCCCGCGGGCAUCCCCCGUCUCGCGGCGCUCCUCCCUGUUAUCUCCCUCCUCCCCCUCCUCCCCUUCUCCUUCUCCUCCAUCCUCCUCCGCGGCAUCUCCGCCUUCUUCCUCUCAUGGCUCUCCCUCUUCAAGCUCCUCCUCCUCUCCUUCGGCGUCGGCCCCCUCCACCCCUCCCUCCCCCUCCUCCCCUUCCUCCUCCUCUCCUCUCUCCCCAUCAAUCUCCGCAACCGUAACCCUAAACCACCCCACAAUUCCCUCACCCUUCUCUCCUCCGCCAUUAAAGCCCUCCUCCUCGCCCUCCUCAUCCCCCUCUACCGCUUCAAGCCCCAAAUGCACUCCUACCUCCUCCUCUCACUCUACUGCGCCCAUUUCUACUUAGCUAUCGAUCUCGUCUUCGCCUUCUCUGCCGUCGUAGUUGGCAGAGCAUUGCGCGUGGACCUCGAGCCCCAGUUCAAUAAACCCUACUUGGCCACCUCCCUCGGCGACUUCUGGGGCCGGCGGUGGAACCUCACGGUCUCCGCCGUGCUCCGUCCCGCCGUUUAUGACCCCGUACGCCGCAGCCUCGGCCCCACCACUGCUGCGCUCGCCGCAUUCCUUGUCUCCGGGGUCAUGCACGAGGCCAUGUUCUGCUACGCCACGCUGCGGCCCCCCACGGGGGAGCCCGCGGCGUUUUUCGUGUUGCAUGGGAUGGUCACGGUGGCAGAGGGAGCAGUGAAGAGGUCGAGGUGGUGGCGCCUGAGGGGGUGGGCGCCGCUGCCGCCAUUGUUGGCGACGCCGAUCACCGUGGGGUUCGUCAUCGCCACCGCUUUGGGGCUCUUCUUCAAGCCACUAGUGAGCAGCGGGGUUGACGCGCGCUUGUUGGAGUGCAGCACCGUCCUCCGGUUCUUGGAGGGCACCGCCGCAGCAUUACUCAGGCGGGCACUGUUUUUUCUACACUAG